CAGAAAAAGAAAAAAGAACAAUGGAAGGAGGCGGAAGUGGCGGCGGCGUUAGGCUUCAUGUCGGAGGGUUAGGAGAAAGCGUAGGGAGAGACGAUCUCAUCAAGAUCUUCUCUCCCAUGGGUUCCGUAGAAUCUGUAGAAUUCGUCAGGACUAAAGGUCGCUCCUUUGCUUACAUCGACUUCUCUCCAGCUUCAGAGAACUCACUCACUAAGCUCUUCUCCACUUAUAAUGGAUGUAAGUGGAAAGGAGGGAAGCUGAGGCUGGAGAAAGCUAAAGAGCAUUACAUGGCUCGCUUGAAGAGGGAAUGGGCAGAGUCAGCUUCUGUUUCUGCUGUGUCUAAUGACAAAGUUAAAGCUCCAGAGAACUCAACUCCUUCUACUCACCUUAACAUCUUCUUCCCCAGACUCAGAAAGGUGAAGGCUAUGCCAUUAAGUGGAACUGGUAAACAUAAGUACAGUUUCCAGCGUGUUGCGGUGUCGUCUCUUCUUCCCAAGACCUUUUGUGAUUGUGAAGAGCAUUCUGCUUCUCUCACUCCUAAGGAAAUUCAUGCUCGUGAUUUGGAAGCGCUUAAUGUGGGGAUAAAUGAUGAAGAGGUGAAUAUUAUGAACUCGGUUAUGAAUAAGCUUCUUCAGAAAGAUGGAAGCAGCAUGAAUAAUGAGAAAGAUGGAAGCAGCAUGAAUAAUGAGAAAGAUGAAAGCAUCGACAAUGAGAAUGAUAACAUUUUGAUCAAUGUGGUAUCUAAUGGGAAGGAUAUGAUGGACACAGAGCUGGAUAUCUUGUCAAGAAAACGGAAAUCAAUGCUCGAUCAAACACCUGCAAGUGGAGAAGGACAUAAAGACAACCACAUUCAUCCAAGCAAGAAGAGGCAAUCAAUCAUCCCAGAGGGAAGUGGGAAACAGGAAGCUUCACGAGCUAUUACUGAAAAGAAGAAACCUUCUAAAGUCGAUCCGGAUGAACCAAGCAGAACAACAGGUGUCAAGAGGUCGAAUGACAAUAUUUCCUGGUCCCAAAAGUCUUCCUGGAAGUCACUUGUGGCCAGUGGAAACAGCGCUAACUUUAGCGUAUCCAGCUUCUUGCCAGAUGUUAGCUCCAGCAAAGCAGUACAACCUGCAUCAGGCACUGAUGUUGUAGGUUCAGACAACUCAGAGUCAGAAGAUACUAACGAUGUAGGUUCAGACAACUCAGAGUCAGAAGAUAAUGACGUUGUAGGUUCAGACGAGUCAGAGUCAGAAGAUGGUGACGUUGUAGGUUCAGACCACUCAGAGCCAGAAGAUGGUGGCGUUGUAGGUUCAGGCCACUCAGAGUCAGAAAAUGGUGACUUUGUAGGUUCAGACAACUCAGAAUCAGAAGAUGGUGACGACGUUGUAGGUUCAGACCACUCAGAGCCAGAAAAUGGUGAUGUUGUAGGUUCAGACGACUCAGAGUCAGAAGAUGGUGUUCUAGGUUCAGACAACUCAGAGCCAGAAGAUGGUGACGAAGUUGUAGGUUCAGAAGACUCAGAGUCAGAAGAUGGUGACGUUGUAGGUUCAGACCAAUCAGAGCCAGUAGAUGGUGACGUUGUAGGUUCAGACCACUCAGAGUCAGAAAAUGGUGAUGACGUUUUAGGUUCAGACGACUCAGAAUCAGAAGAUGGUGACGUUGUAGGUUCAGACCAAUCAGAGCCAGAAGAUGGUGACGUUGUAGGUUCAGACCACUCAGAGUCAGAAGAUGGUGACGUUGUAGUUUCAGACCACUCAGCGCCAGAAGAUACUGAAGUUGCUGACAUAAAUGUGGAUGCUGAAACAGUGGAAAAGGAUGAGAAUGUAGUAGAGGAUUUGAAUGCAGAAAAGGAAAGCUUAGUCUUGGAGGAUAGUGUGGAUCAUGAUGCGGACGAAGAAGAGGCAGAGAAAGCACAAUUGGAAGCUUCUAAGAAGUCAGGAGGAGGUUCAUUAUGGCUUCAGAAGGCUUCUUGGACUCAGCUGGUAAGGGACACGAAUUCUUCAUUCAGUAUAACUCAACUCUUCCCGAAUUUAGCUUCAGAGAAGAGUGAAGCAGCUAGUGUGAACAACAGUGUAGAUGGCCAGUUCACAUACUCUAACCAGAGUGGAAGUGGAAUGAAACAAAGGGAAGACUCGAGUCACACCAAUGGUGUUGAGGCUGCGGGAGUCCACGGGACUAGUAGUAAUACCCCUCUGGGAAUCUUAAAAGAGAAUCAGCAGAUUGCUAAGGCUAAGAAUGCGAGUGGAGGAAGUAAAUUGGUUGGGAAGAGGCCGAUUAGGAGAGAGAUUGGGUCAGGGGAGACUUGCGGUUUUAUGAGAAGCGAGACUUCUGUGAAUGAGUGGAAAAGGGCUAAGAAGGCGUUGAGUGAGCCCAGCAGAAAGAAGAAAAGUGAAGAGUGA